AUGAACUACCUUGUUCUUCCACUGUACGCGGCCAUCGCCGCAAACAUCCGCACCGCCUCAGCCUCGCGAUCCGCCCUCCGCGCCUCACGACGCUCGAUCCAGGGACGCAGCUUUCUGUGCCCCGUCGUCUGCGACAACACGUGGUGCUGCCUGACGGGCCAGACGUGCCAAGAGAGCAGCGACGACGACGCGCCGCAGAUCGAGUCGAUCAUUGCUGAGAACAGCCUCUUCCUCUCGAGCCUGACGGCGGAGCUUUCGCUGACGUUGACGUUCACGCCCAUCACCACGCUGCCUGAUCCGUUCGAGCCGACCACGGUGUCUGCUAGACCGGUGAUCACUGAGUCUUCGAUCCCGCCUGUCACAACUACACGUCCGACGUCGACUUCGGCGACAAGCUCUUCGACGCAGGAUGGCGAUGACGCUACGGGAACAGGCGAGACGAGUGUCAGGGCGAUUUCCACAACGUCUACUGCAAGCCGUGAGAUCUCGAUAUUGUCCGAAAUAACGACCACGGAAACUGAAUCAACUGCAGGAACUAUCUCUCCGAGUGUAGAGAAUUCAUCGUCGUCGGUUGCCUCUACCGUCUCGGAACAGAGUGGCACGGUCACAUCUACCCGCACGGCCUCCAUCAGCACAGAGACAUCGGCGCUGUCCGGCCCCGUGACGACGACCUCAAGUCAAGGUGCCGCGCCGACGGCGCCGUCACAGUGGCAGCACGGAAUGGCCGUCGUCGGGCUCGUGAUGGCUGCAGUACUCUAG